UUCUCUAUCCAUUCUACCGCUUUCGAAGUUCUUGGUCUGGCAACGCUGCCGGUCAGUGUCAACCCUUCGAACUGAAAUUUGAUGGUUGGUGGUCAGUUUAGGUCCAUUUCAAACAAGUGUGUGCCUUUUGGGUUGUACAGUUACAAGCAGGUUGCUGAAAUAAUUCGACCGCAAAUUAUCUAAUGUGUUUUGGAUGUUGAGUGAGAUCGGUAGUGGCAAGUUGUGCUAAUUCAGACUUUAGUGUGCUUACCGUCGUUGGCCGGCCAUCAAGCAGUGAAUAACAUCUUUCUUCGACUGCUCUGUAUGUAUUUAGAAAUUUGCUGUUAUCCUGCCAUAUACUCCUGAGCGAAUAACAGACAAUCCUCAAGUAAAUCGUUUCGAACAGGUAGACACAAUUUGUUAUAAAUAAUAUGGGUCGUUUCACCUAAAAAACUAUGUAGUCGCGACCCGUGUUUAACCUCGUGGAAAUGCCUUUAAAUGGCUAAUACCGUUCAAACACGAUACCAAUAAACGUUAUUCUCAUUCCACCGCUGUGCUAGUGAAACAAAAAGGGCUAUUUAACGUGAUUUAUCUGACAGAUGAGGCAGCGCCACCUACGUUAUUGACUUUGCUCAUUUCUCGUGUCGUGUAAUAAAUAAGUGUCAAUGGCAAGCCCGAGCAAUCCGGAUAAAUGGUAUUUUACCAAGGAAUAUCUCGAAAAUACCCCAUCCAGAGAAAGCGGCUUCGACGCUUAUAAGGAGCUGCAAUACAGGCAGCAGGCCGCAAACUUUAUACAGGACAUGGGCCAAAAAUUACAAGUGUCCCAACUAUGUAUCAACACAGCGAUAGUCUACAUGCACCGGUUCUACGUGUUUCACUCAUUCACCAAAUUUCCAUGGCAUCAAAUGGCGUCAGCAGCUCUUUUUCUGGCUGCUAAAGUUGAGGAGCAGCCCCGAAAGCUGGAGUACGUCAUUCGUGUGACCAACCUCUGCAGGAAUCCGCGAGACCGGACCGUUGACGUUACCUGUGAAAAGGAUUCUCCUAGGUACAUAGCUCAAUCACAGGAGAUGGUGUUCAAUGAGAAUGUGCUGCUGCAGACCCUCGGAUUUGAUGUUGCCAUUGACCAUCCCCAUACCUACAUAGUGAGAUGUUGUCAUUUGGUGCGAGCCAGCAAGGAUUUAGCGCAAACGUCUUAUUUCAUGGCGAGUAACAGCUUACACCUGACGACUAUGUGCAUUCAAUACAAGCCCACGGUGGUGGCAUGUUUCUGCAUACUGCUAACGUGCAAGUGGUCGAACUGGGAAAUACCACUUUCCAACGAGAAGAAAGAGUGGUUCAAGUAUGUCGACCCAACUGUGACUGCGGAACUUCUAGAACAGCUUACUAGUGAAUUUUUGGUAAUUUUCGAAAAUUGUCCUUCGAGACUAAAGGAGAAAAUUAUGGCAAAGCAGGAAAGUUCGAGCAGUACAUUCGAGCCGGAAAAGAAGCUGAAUGAUACUAGAUCUUUGGAACACAAAAGUGAGGAUCAUCAUAAACACAGAUCGUCUCGACCAGCCGAAGCAGGAACAAGCGGCCACCGUAGUCAGGAGCAGCGAGAAAGAGAGUAUAAGGAGCGAAAGGAAAAAGAACGAAUUGCCCAUAUGAGUGGAAUUGUGUUUAGCCUGCCUUAUAGGCCUGACCGUCCCCCGGAUGCCAGUAAACCCUAUGCCAGGCCUCCGCCCACUGCGGCAACGUCCAGUAGAAACGAACCUAGAGAAGUUUUGAGGGAAACAGUCAAAGAAUUGGCCGCGGUAGCCUCAACGGUUCGGGAACAUGGCAAGGAUGUUUACGCGUCUCGUGGGGAUAAAGAAGUACAGAAACGCGAUUCUUUACUAAAAUCCUCUGCGCAGAGUGAUCCAAGCAGUUCAUCAAGUUACGCAGAUGCGCGGAUGCAGCAACGUGUUGAGCCUAGUAGACCUAGGAAUGAGCCGCCAAAAGCUUCUUCGAAGGUAGACAUGCCGCGUCGCCAUGAGGAUCAGAAAGUGUCUAGCCAUGCCAAACAGGAAGCGGAGAAUAUUAAAAAGCAUCUCAGCGCCAGCUUCGACAGGAGCAGCGGCUAUUUGAAAGCAUCAUCAUCAAGUUCUACCUCGCAAAAAGUUAAGUCGCCUUCUAAUCUAGAUAGUAAAUCCGUCCCAAGAGCGAACAGCAACCAACUUAAUGCGCUUCCUAAGCUGCAGUUCAAUGGAAACCCCAAUGGAACAUGUGAUAACAAACCUCCGCUCACAUAUGAUAAUGAUUUUAAAACCAAGACUGAAAUUAACCAUUUAAAAGAAGAGAUUCCUACCCCGGUCGUUAUUAAGAGGCCAAGUUUGUUCUCGCCGGAUCAAACACCACAACUUCCGCAGAUUGUCAUCAAAUCAGAACCGGAAAAAUCUUUGACCAGCUUGACGCUGCUAUCGCCAAUUAACUCGCCCCCUAGUGUAUCUAGUUUGAGGAAUAGGAACUACUCGAGCAGCUCUGAACCAGAACUGAGACCCACAAUGAAGAAAAUUGACCAAGUUGAAGGUUUUGAAAAUCUUAUGCGAGACAAUACGAUUGGUAUGACCAACGUGUCCAACAACGACACCCUCUUGGCUGCGGAGCAGCAUGACAGCUCUUUAGAGGUGGAUGUUUCAACUUGCAGUGACGAAGCAGUGUCCAAACCUCUGAUUAUCAACGGGUUUGAAACUAACCCCACUCUCAUCAGUAAUCUUUUAAAAGAAGCUUCGACUGCCUCGCAUCUCUCGGCAGUUGGACUCUCCACAGUGAAAGCUGAACCAAUAGAGCCCAUCCAGGCCAAUGUCUCUCUGUCAUCUGAGUCCAGCAAUAAAGAACACCGCCACCACAAGAGUAAAAAGAAGAAGGAUAAGCACAAGCGCAAAGACAAGAGCAAGGAGGAGAAGGAAAAGAAGAGGAAACAUAAAGACAAGGACCGGGAGAGAAGUAAACACAAGGAGAGGAAAGAGAGCGAACCUCAACCAAUCGUUAGCGAGCCAAUCAAAAUAACUAUUCAAAAAGACAAGAUUCAACCUAAGAACGAACUGAAAAUCAAGAUACCCAAGGAUAGAAUCAAGACUGAAGGCAUGGGGGACUCUUUUGGAUUGGCACAACCUAGUUCAGGAGGAUUGAAAAUCAAAAUACCCAAAGACAUUAUUACGAAUUGUCAAGCGGGCACGAGUAGUUUCAACUCAUUCGACAAGUCGCAUAGUGGGGGGAGCAGUUCGAGUCGCAAGCGGGAGCGGUCGUCCACAUCCGAAACUGCUAAUACAAAAAUGCACAAGUCAGCCCACAAAGAGUCGAAACAAAACGGUCGACAUUCUAGUAAUAAGGUAAGCUCAAUCCAGCCAUCUAGUAGCAACAGCUUUCGUAGUAGUGAGUGUGAUGGUAUUAGUGAGAUUAGGGCGAAUAUCGAAACAGGUCACAGUAAUGUAGUGAUAGGUCGUAAUAAUGCCCCGAUUGAAAAGAACGUCACUAUUGAUAGGACACUGGAUCGAUUGAUAGAAAAACGUGGGGAAAAGACGUCGUCACUGGUUGCCAAUUUGCCUAGCAUGUCGACCAAUAUGAGGGCGAUCUCUCCAAUUCCCUUUCCAACAAAGAAAGGCUCCAAUGCAACCAGUGGCGACAGCGUUUGGUCGAUGUCUGUAAGUCAGGAAGGGUGUCUGAACCCCAGCAAAACAACCGCCCAAGAUUCUCCUCCAAGUAAUCAAAAAAGCCGUGGCAAUCCUCUAGAUGCCGAAGUCAAACCGGCUCUAAAACGUCCACCUUAUUACCAGGCAACUGCCAAUACCCCUUCUGUAUAUAAAUCUUUUAAUCAUAACAACAGCCAAUUUAAAACAGCCAACAGACAAUCUGGUUCUAUCAAUAAACACGUCAUACACAACUAUGACUACCCACCGCCCCCGCCUUAUCACAUGAAAGACACCAAUCGGCAGCCUUCGGUCGUAAACCCGCGCUUCCAAUCGCCAAUGCCCCCAAGAUUUAACCGAGUGGAGAAUUCCUACCCCUCAAUGGUUCAAAAUCCCGAAAUGCACUAUGCUCAACUCAUGCCUCAAAUGGGCUAUAGUGGGUACCAGGUGGCGCCACCUGUCAUCCCCAAUGUCAGUAUGCCUCCACCUCCAUUCGGCUAUUUCCCCAAUCAUUACUUUGAGGGAUACAUGUAUCAGCAGCAAGCUGCAGCUUUUGGGGUAGGGGUUACUCAGCCCCCUUUGCCGACUGAUGCUCCUCCUUUGGCGGAGGUGCCCCCUCCACCUCCUCCAGAGUGAGUUGCUUCAGAAUUCGCACUUUGUUGUGGGUAGUCGAUCUAGGGGUUCUGUAUGUCUUCCUAAUGAAUUGUCCAGAUGUAGAGCCUCUUUUUCUGUUACACGAUCGUUGUUAUCGUUUGAUUUUUACAAUUGCUGCCUGUUAGUUUAAGUCAACUAAAAGUACCCUGAAAAAGAACAGACAUGGAAAAAUCUAAAUCACAAUUCUAGUAUUUGAAAGUAUUUUUAACCAUCAAUUUCAUGAGUGGUUUUGGUUUUACUUUAGAGAAAUUCCUGGGUUCCAGUCAAUUUUAUUGUUUACCAUUUAAAAUGUCACAAAAACGUUUCGGUGUUUUUCUCCACCAUUAUCAGUUUGUAUGUAUGUAUGUUUGUUUCAACCUUCACAUUUGGCAAGCCACUCACUCUAGAGUUUUUGUGACACUUUAAAUGGUAAACAAUAAAAUUGACUGGAACCCAGGAAUUUAUUUUGAAUUAAGUUGAAAUACAGUCAGGAAAAUAUACACAAUUUAUUAAUUAUUGUAUUGUAAAUCUGUGUAUUUCAAAAUAUGCAAAAGAGCACAUUCAUAAAAUUUGGGCAUUAUUAUGACAAUAGGAAUUCCUUUAGGUGAAUUAUAGUAUACAGUGCCAGACUUGUUAAAUUAUACUAGUCCUUCAAGUUUACCUUAUUAGACACCCAGGGCGUUUGGUUGUAUACAUAUAUAAUUAUUUAAUUUGAUUUGUAUAUUUCGACGUUAUAUAUCUUAUUUCAAAUUUACUGUUGUUACCAUUGAGGUUUUUGUUAUUACGUUACGACGACAUACCUAGUAUAUUAAAAAUGCUCAUAUCAUUCGUUGCUAAAGCGUUCGUAAAUCCCAUUUUGUCAUAGACCUAACAGACAAUCGAUGUUUGCUAACUAAUAAUCACCUGCGCUACUAGUCAUGGCCUUUAUUUAAAUAAAUUUUAUUAAACUACUGACAAUCUUAGUUUCUAUUCUUCUGAUAUGUAUGAUCUCAAAUGUUUACAAUGUAAACGAUGCAUUUUCAUUUAAACUUCCGACUUUCUUAGAAUGGUAUAGAACUCGUUUUUGUUAUUGUUUAUUGAAUGUUUGAUAUUUAUGCAUGAUUGCAACUGGCAACUUAACUAAGUACUAAACUCAGCUGGAGAAAUAUUUAAUAUAUACUUGCCUAUUCGUUUAUAUGCAUUUCACAUGCGGAUAUCAACAAAAACUAUAUUAAUAUAUUGUAUAUUUUAGUUGUCGUAUACCUAAGGCUUAUUGUUAGGCUGCCAUUUUUACAUAUUAAAUAAAGUUUAUUUUUAUAGUU